AUGUGGCUAGGCCACUCAAUCAGAACUCCCAACGGGACUUCGUGGCCGGCCGGUAUCCGGAGAACGGAACUGAUGUCUCGAACAUUAUGUGAUAACCCCUGUUAUUUUGCAUUCGAAUCCUAUUUUUCAUCCAGUAUCAACCAUAACAUUACUGAAUACAGACUGCCCCCCGCAGCCAUCGAUAGACCACAACAAAUGUGCACGAAAUGGCUGUCCGUCGAACGUAAAAUGUUAUGUGCAAUGCCACACCAGCAUGGGUUUACAGGACGACUAGGCCAGCCAUCUAGCUCCCGGGACCCAUUUACGCCGGCUACCUCUACAUUAAAGGUGCAAUGCACAUCGUGGCUAAGAAGAGACCUACCAAAAACGAGCCCAAUCCCAAGCACUGAAUCAGGAAACCGGUGUGAGUUUUCCGCUUUGAUCGGGACGCUCGACGAUGCAAACACGAAGAACGCAGUGACCUGGACGAAGGUUGAUAAAGAACUUCCUCAGUUGAACGGGUACCUAGAGCUGUUAAACCUGGGUCCGCUGGAUGCGAGGAAAGACGUGGCGAUUUGUACCUUUAUUUACUUCCAUUAUAACACCACGCCCCCCGUCCACCAAAGAAUGUGUUGCUCUGAGACUAGCCUCUCUCUUUAUUUUUGUAUACCCAACAGGCUUCCGGAAGCUCCCGGAAGCAUGCCGAGGCAAACGGCUGCGUCUCCGGACAACAGAUUCUGUUCAACCACCACAGGCCCCCUGUCCACCAAAGAUUGUGUUGCUCUGAGGGAGACUAGCCUCAUACGGAAGCAGCGCCCAAACCGGACACAGUCGGGUGAGCGGGGACAAGUAGCAGAGCCCAUUGAAAAAUCAAACACAUGCGUUGACCUCGACAUUGGGGAAUGCAGUGACAACUGUACGACCAGAGAAUGUGAAACUGCCGUUACCUCGGAGGCAGCAGGGACAGUGUUGAAAUGCUUGUCCACAAACCGCCCCGGCCUUUUCAGCAAGCUUUGCGAUAUUAAAAAAACAUAUGUCCCUGACGCGGUGACCUCAAUAGACGGUCGCCCUGUUUUACGGGCUGGCUUGAAAUGA